AUGUAUCCCAGGCUCGGGACAGGCGCCGUACGGGCACGCCGCUUCCUGGACGUGCUCCGGUCGGACUGCGGCGUGUCCGAGGUGAUGGAAGCCGCGGUCGGCAAGUCUCGCUGGAGAGCCGCGCUCGACUCGAUGGAGGCGACGCUUUGCCACCCCGUCGUCGAGUCUUGCAUCACGAACGGCGACGGCGGGUCGGCGGUUCACCGUGCUACUACCACCACCGCUGGUGGUAGUAGCACUCGCUGCUCAGCUGAGCGCGACGUCACGUGGGGCGAGUUUCUCCUCUUCUUCCUGCCGCCCGCCGGGGAUGCGGACGACGCUUACAACGCCGGCCUGAUCUCCCGCCUCCCCGGCGGUCGCGGCUGCCGGGGCGGGUUUCCAGACGACCACGCCUCCGUCCGUGAUGCCGCCGGCGGCGGGCGGCGACCCUUCGGGGCAGUCUCGGAAGACGCCGCCGCCAUCGUGGGCCAGCUGCGGCGGGAGGUGCUGCGGCUUGCCAAAGAACGCGCGUUUCUAUUGGCGCUGGUGAGAGAGGACGGUCGGCUUGGGAAGCGGCGGGCGGAGGCUGUCCACGACCAGUACCGCCAUGAGCUGCGGGCCUUGCACUCCAAGAAAGGGGAGUUGGAGCGUCUGCUGCGGGAAGAGGCAAGUCGCACCGAAGAAGAGCAAGAGAGAAGACGGGUAGUCCAACAAGAGGCGUGCAGCUUGCGGGAGGAGCUCAAGAAAGCGGAGCAGGAAUGGAAAGAGAAUGGAAAGAGUGAGUCUGCCGAGCUCUCCCUCGUCUCCGUGUCAGCGGUGCAGGAAAAAGAGUCGGCGCUGUCGGAGGCUUCGCGCGAAGCGUCUCAGUCGGCGACCAAGGCGCGGGAGCGUAUCUCUAGGUUGGAAGCGGAGCAUUCCCUGGCCCUUAGAGAGAACGGGAAGUCCUCGGUGCGGCAGAGGGCUCUCGAGCGCGAGCUAGCGAGAAUCAAGAGCAGCAUGCAGGCCGAAGCCACGCUCGAGAAGGAGGCCCUCGAGGAGCGGGUGCGCGCGGGGGAGUUAAAGCUCGCCACCGCUAGGCGAGAGCGAAACGCACUAUUAGCCGCUCUGCGAGACCUCCAGGGGGGGAGACGGUCCGGCUCUGAUCGUCCCCUGUCCCCCCUCGCGCCGUCGGACUUGGAAACCCAGCAUGGAGGGGGGGGCAUGGCGAUACAGGAGCUCGACGAUGCUACGGACGUUGGCAGUGACGUUACUGGUGGCAGGAGCGUUGGUCGUGGUGAUGGUAGGGCUGUUGGGGGGGAGGCCGAGGUUCGCGAACAAUCGCAUGCAGCAGCGCCGGUUGUUACCGCUCUGGGCAGCAGAGCCGAGAACAUCCGACAACAAGCUCGGCCACCAGAGUUUGUAGGAUCGAGGGCAUCGGGAGGGUUAAGAGAAGGGGAUGGUGCGAUAGACUUAGGAGAACGGGCGAUGGGGGGGUCGAAAUGUAUGGGUUGUCAGGGAGCGCCCGCGGGAGAAGGUGGUAGGAGAGCAGCAUCAUUGUCGGCGCGAUUGGAGGCACUUGCGCUUCAGACACAGCAGCUGUUGGAGGAUAAUACCGAUAGUAGUGAUGAUUCCGGGUGAGCUUGGAGGUAAUCGUACCAUUCUUGCCGGGUGUCGGCCUCCAAAGCGUAGCUGGCCGGCUCCCGUGAUUCGGCUUUGCAGUUGAAUGGGUUGUUCGCGCAGACCUCGGAUGGGCUCAAAUGAAACCCUUCUGUGGGUAUCUCGUGACGGACAGGACGUGCUUUUCUUCCUCAAGAUUGUGUAUCAAGUGCCGUCAGAGAUUGUGUUGUACACGUGUCGUGGCGCUGGAAAGUGAGGGCGUGCUUAUUAUUGGUGUUCCAUUCGUUGAAGUGGGGGUGUU